CUGUGGUUCUGCAUUUUGGUUGACAUAUCGUUGGGGUCAUUGUGCCAAUGCCAAAACCAAAAGUAACGUUAAUUUCGAAAUGAACGACAAAAAUGUUAGCCCACCAAAUAAUUCUGUGUCUACUCCGCCAAGCUAUAAAAAAGUGCGAAAUCCCUUUGAUAGAGUGCUGAUCGAUAAAUUACACAAGCCAAUAUGCAGUCCUUCAAUGUGCAAAAUUUACAAGAAGGAACGGCGAGGAUCUUUCCGUUGGGAUAUAGACCAGGCAUGUACGUUACAGCCGACUGACAUAGUGGCAUGCAGCAGUCAGUUCGAGCCUUCACCAGACCCCAAUUUAGAUCAAAUAGCUGAGGAGGCUACGGAAAUAUUCUUUUCCCAAGAAAUGGUAAUGCCAAGUCCAAUGGAGUCCUCAAAGAAGAAACCGUUGCUUAUGGCUCCUGCUAAAAGUGAGAAGCUGAUUGAAAGUUUCAAAGACAGCACUGUUGUUAUGAAAGAUGUUUCAGCUCAGACCACCCUCAGUUUACCUCCGGAACUACCUCCGGAGUUAGAGAAAAUGUUAGCUCCGUACUUCACGUUCGAUCAGGGCCAAGACGUGUUCGGCGAGUACGAAAUCACUGCAAACGGCUCGCUCCGUCGCAAGUUGUACUUCGAGCAUAGCGACACCGAGCACCACAGCGAGUGCGAUUCGGAGCAAACGGAUGACGAGCAUCAUGACACGAGGCCACCGUCGAGCUUCGAGGCCCACGUCCCGGUCACGUACAGCCCUGACUUGUACAACGAUUUCGUAAAAAAAGGCAUGAAGCGCACAUUCGGCACGCCUCUAAAAAAGGGUUCAUCGCACUGCAAGCUACGCAACAAAAUCCUCGACGUGGUAGACUUUGGGGAGCACUGUUUAAGCCCUAUACAGUUCAACACUCCACCGAAGAGGCUCGACCAACAGUCGUCAGCGUCGUCUUUCGCUUCGGCCUCUAUAUCACCGGUCGCUAAAGUCACUUCUAGCGAUGAAGAGAAAAACAACUUCACCUCGCCCGAGUCCGAGGCCAUGGCGACAUGUUUAGACUGCAUCGCCUCCGACUCGGACCCUGACAGCGGCAAGAAACGCCAAUGUUACUGCAAGUCCACGCCCAACAUCAGCUUGAAACGUAGCGCUUCGUUAAAGGACUCGCCGCCGCGGAGGAAGCAUUCGUUCACGUUCGCGGGCAAGCGGAGUUUGAGUCUGUCGAGCUUGCAUCGGAGCCGGUCGGUGCAGAAGCUCGACUUCAGCAUGAACAUGAGUGUGGACGGCUCGCUGCAUGACCAUUCGCAAGCGGAUUGUGAAACGUCCCUAUCACCGGACGGACGCGAUUCGUGGUCAUUAGUCGGAGACACUAACGUCCAUUUAGAGAAAGAAUCCCACAAGGAACACAGCAACACUAAAAGGCCUACCAAGAAGUAUUGCAUGGAAACUAUGGACAAUACUCCUAUCAAGGGAAAAACGGAAAACAGUGGGCGACAUGAAAUUAGCAAAAUUCGGGCACCAUUGAGCAUGACUCCAAUGGAUAUGUCCCUAGAUAAUAGCUUAGAUACCUCAGAUAACGCCCUCAGUAUGGAGGACAAGAAAAUAGACUUCAACAACAUUGAUCUCAAAUUUUUGACUGAAAAUAUUACUAAGUUCGAUUACACUGCCACGGACGCCACCAAAAACGCUACGGACGCGUCCUCUAGCUUUAAGAAACUCGAUAGUGGAAUUAACGAGAACACGUUCUAUACCAACGCUUCCAGUUACUACGAAAGUGCCAUAAAACCCUCAGAGUUAACUAUUACUAAUACUAAUUCGUCGGCGUUGAAAGAGAUCUCUAAUGUACACUGGGCGAGAGUGGACAGUGGGUUCAAAGAUGAGACUUCCUCAGACAAUACUCAAUUUUACACAGAGAAAUCUAAAGGAUUUCGCUUCACUGAGGCUAAGUUAGAAGAGAAAGAAAACGUAAUGACUGGAAACUUCAGCGGGUUUCUGAACCAACCUUCAAACAAAGGCGAAGUUAUGUCAAUGUCUGACUUGUUUCCAGAUGACAUGACUUUCACCUGUAACUUCUCUUCGACCCCUUCCAAAAGCAAACCCAACACUCUCAACAGCUAAAGUGAUAUUUAGAAUUAGAGAGAGUAAAAUUAUACAGUU